AUGGGCCUUUUGGCGCCAAAACUGCAGACCAACGUUGUUUUCUCGGGAACAUUUUCUUUUACGUGGCUCUUCUACUUGGUUGUGGGCUUGAACAUCCAGCUUUUGGGCGGCACGAUCUCCUUUUUGUCGGCAAUCUCAGCUACAGGGUACAGCAUGUUCCCAUUGGUAGUUGGAGCACUCGUCAAUGGUCUCCUUAUCAAGUGGCGCUUGAUCCGUUUGAUCAUUAUGUUCAUUCUUAACGCCUGGAGCGUGUAUGCUGCCCAGAUGAGCCUACGGUGCCUGGGAGUGCUUCCUGGAAGAGUCUUUUUGGCAAUCUACCCGGUGGCCUUGAUGUAUGCUGUUCUUAGUUGGCUUGUUGUUAUUACAUAG